AUGUAUCUCAACUCAAGACUAUCUCUCAAUCACGUUGCUCUGCAGCAAAAGAAGAUCAACAAAGCUCUAAAACCAGCGAUUGUGCGCUCCAAAAUGACCGGGAAAAAGCGAUUCCACCCGCCUGCUGCCAGCAAAAGAAUAAGCUUCAACGACCGCAAAAGCCUUCAACAUAUGGACCAUUUUACAGCACCAAGAAGCAAGAAACAGAAAGUGAUCGACACUGAAGCUCAACCUUUCAUUUACCAGGAAUCUAUGAAAAUCUCGCUGACAACGCUAAUUAGUCUCGACGUCAAUGAGGGAGACAACGAGGUGCCUCGUCUUCAAGUGCUAAACUCUAUCACAGCAGAAAAUGCCCUCAAGGUUUGUUUCGGACAAGAUGGCACCUUGAUCCUCUCCUCAGACGAGUCCUAUGACACUGCACUCUUCAUUGGGCCUCGUGAACUCUACCGCCAACUCAAAGCGGGGAAUCAUAUUCUGAAGAAGACUGGGGCGACAUUUGUGUGGUUUUCGAAUCAUUAUCGGUGGAUUGUGUGGAAAUUGGCUGCAAUGGAGAGAUCCUUCCCUCGUCUUUUGUUGGCGAAUUAUCUGACGAAGGAUCAAGUUCUGAAACAGAUGACUCACCGGUAUCAACGAGACUUGAAUGAUGCGCAACGCUCCAUUGUGAAGAAAAUUCUCCAACGAGACGCAAGUUCGUUAAGCUGUAUGGUUCUGUGCGUUGCUGCCGUACUGCCCUUUUCUGUUGAUAUCAACAACGCUGUGGAUCAGCAGCUCCCGGCUUGUUGGAACAUGGCUCUGGUUCUUACAGACGGUUGGUAUUCCGUGUACGCUGUGCCUGAUGCUCCUCUAGCCUCUGUAUUGUGGAAACUUCAUGCGAAAUCAAGUCUCGUUGGCUCAAAACUCGCGACGUGGAAUGCAUUGCUGCAGAAUUCAACGGAGGGAAUUGAUCCACUUGACUGCGCUAUUGUUUGUGAAUCGAAGUGGAGAAACCCCUUGCUGGCUAAUGAGGAUCUAACGCAAUGGCCAUAUCUGCAAUUACGCUACAACAGCACGCGUCGUGUGAGAUUUGACACGCGCUUAGGAGUGGAGAAACUACACUACGUUACUCCCGUCAACUCACGACACCGAAAACGACAGCCACAACUCUCGUUUACAUUGUUAAAGAGCGUCCCUUUGAAGAGUUUAGAGGUCGGUGGCGGGAUGGUGCGAUCGGUACGAAUUCGAGUGACUCGCAUAUCCCCAGUACUCCAUCUUCAGGCAAAAGAAUGGACGUUAGGACCGCGAAUUCUGUGCGAAGAACAGCUCCCGCUGUACUUUCAACUCCGAUCCGAGUAUGCACAAGCCGUCAUGCGGAAAAAGCAUCAACACGAGGACAGAGACGAAUGGUCUGGAGAUGAUCAGAUCGAUGUGCCGUUACCGAUUCCAUUUAUUAAAGUGGACGUGGAAUGCACACAUAAUCCUUCUAAAGAUCAGGGGAUAGGCUGUGGUAUUUUAACAAUCUGGCGGCCUAACGAGGACUUGCUUUCUGGUGGAUUAAGAGAAGGAGUCGAGUAUUACGCCAGCAGCUUGACUGUCAAUUGGAAACUCGACGGCGGACGUGGCCAAGAUGCGUCCUUGCGAUUGAGUUCGACAAAGCAUAGUGGUUUUGAAGAUAUUCACGAAGAUUCCUCAGCAAAUAGCCAAAUUAAACAGCAACGAGUGUGCGUUGACGUCCAGCAAGCGACAACAAACUAUCGAGCCAAUUUUGAAGAUGGAAUUAAUGGCCGCAGGAACGAAAGAAGACCAACAAUCGACGUUUGUGUCUGUGUCGUGCUAGUUGCGACUCGAGAAAAUCAGGAGGUAUCCAGCGCGACAAAGAAACAAGCAGACGUUUCGCUGCUUGACCCCGAGAUUAAGCCACAAGAAACUCGGUAUGUCGAGCACGUCUUUGUGACCGACCAAAGUUGUCACUUGAUGAGUAUUCGUGUGUCUGGGAUGGAAGUCAGUAUGUCGAAGAAGAAAAGCAAUAGCCCCUUGAAGCGCUCGGCAUCGUCCUCGUUUGUCUUCCGUCGCGGCAGCAAGAAUAUCUGGAAAGUAGGUGCUGUGCUGUGCUUGAGUGGAUUGGAGGUGUCACACUACGAUGAGCAACUUCGUGUUCUAGACUGCGUCUUGGUGGAAAGUACGCAGAUCGUGUCUUAUCCGUCGAAAAGAUCCCCAUUCUGGGAUCACUUUCAGCUACUUCAACGCGAAGCAGGCUGUACGACACGCAACUCAUCGCAAAUCUCAUCUAAAUGUACGGGUUUCGCUAAAGAUUUUACUCAGCUCAAGAAGUAUGUGGAGCGGGAUAUCCUACGGAUGGACUUUGUCCCCUCCCAGGAAUGUAACGAGCACGUUGAGGUGGUGGAACAAGAGCGACUCACUCAAGACCUACAGGCUCAUGAAGAAGGUGAACAUGCCACAAUCGACGGAGAUGGCAAAGCGUCCGAAAUUCCGAAUCAUUUGUGCUGGGACGCGAAAGUUGUCAAGAUUAUGCCGCUGGUUGGACCGAAUCGAUUCAUGUUCCCUGGCGACGUGGUAGCGUUCGCGUGUGUGAAUAUUGGAACAGAUGACACGACAUUCCGGACGCUGUAUCUUACUCGGGAACUAAUGCUAGCAAUGCAGACCUUGCUUCAAGAAGCGGAGCCAUCGGAUCAUCAAGUUUAUGGAGCUACGGCGGCCAACAACAUCGCCUUUGUGCAGAGUAUCACCGAGAUACUGAACAAACUAAAAGCUGACUUCUCUGUACGUUUCGAGGUCCAUCAGUCUACAAACGAGCGUCUAAUUAAUAGCUGGAAGCCGUGGGAACGUCUGAACGCCUCGUAUUGGAUGGCAGUGUCGGUUGCAGCUAUUCCAACAGUGAAGUGA